AAUGAGAGCGCAGGGAGUGUCAAGCUUCUGAAUCCCGCAUGAUUUGAAUCGCCAUACAUUCUCCUCCAAUCCUCCAUGCUGACCGGGCGUGUAAAGAUAUAGCUGCACAUUUUGCUGACCAAAUCCGUCUUUCUCAAAGGACUAUCCACAGGAUACCUAAACUCCAUACUCCGCAACAGGCCAUUUGAAUCCAACACACAUCAUGCCUUCAGAAGAAAACCAGCGUAUCAAGACCUACAAGAAUAAGGGCAGAGAUGCAGAUGAAAUGCGGAGACGGAGAAACCAGGUUUCAGUUGAACUUCGAAAGGCCAAGAAGGAUGAUCAGCUGCUGAAACGGAGAAAUGUAGCAAUUCUAGAAGAGCCCACCAGCCCCCUGCAGGAGAGGAACAAGCAACAGCCCACACUGACUAUACAGGACAUCAUCAGCGGCGUGAACAGCGACGACCCCGCCACACAACAAACAGCCACUCAGGGAGCAAGAAGACUACUGUCGAAAGAACGUAACCCUCCCAUCAACGAGAUUAUCAACACUGGGACUGUCGUCCCAAGACUUGUGGAGUUCCUGUCAUACAAUGACCGACCUGAUGUUCAGUUUGAGGCUGCCUGGGCCCUGACCAACAUCGCGUCUGGAACCAGUGACCAGACCAAGGUUGUGGUCAAGGCAGGAGCUGUGCCCUACUUCAUCAAGCUGCUGGAGUCACAGCACCAGAAUGUGUGUGAGCAGGCUGUGUGGGCGCUGGGCAACAUUGCUGGUGAUGGCCCGGAACUGCGAGAUCAUGUGACAGACGCUGGGAUUGUGGAGCCCUUGCUCAGAUUAGUCAAAACUGACGUACCAUCUGGUUUCCUCAGGAAUGUCACAUGGACAAUAUCAAAUCUGUGCAGGAACAAGAACCCCCCUCCCAAGUUUAAGGUUGUGCGCCAGUGUCUGCCCACACUUUCCCGCCUCUUGUACCACAACGACCGCGAGGUGCUCGCCGACACAUGCUGGGCGAUCUCCUACCUCACAGAUGGAACCAAUGACAAGAUUCAGGAGGUGGUUGAUGCAGGUGUCGUGCCGCGUUUGGUGGAGCUGCUGGGAUGUGUAGAUCAAGUGUCGGUCCUGACCCCUGCCCUCCGAUCUGUCGGCAACAUAGUCACAGGGGACGAUUCACAGACACAGGCAGUACUUGAUUCUGGUGCCCUCAAUGGCUUUGAGAGAUUGCUGACACAUGCAAAGAUCAACAUUCAGAAAGAGGCUGCAUGGACUCUGUCUAAUGUGACAGCCGGCAACCCCACCCAGAUCCAAGCUGUCAUUGACAAGAACCUGAUACCACCCGUUGUCAGCAUCCUUGAAAAGGGAGACUUCAAGAGUCAAAAGGAGGCUGUAUGGGCCAUCACCAACCUGACGUCCGGUGGCACGGUGGAGCAGAUCGCCUACCUUGUCCAGGGAGGCAUUGUCAAGCCACUGUGUGAUCUCCUCAAUGUUAAAGAAGCCAAGGUGGUGCUUGUCAUUCUAGAUGCACUACAGAAUAUAAUUACGGCUGCAGAGAAGAUCAACCAACAUGAGGCUGUUACCAUGAUGAUCGAGGAAGUCGGCGGGGUCGACAAGAUAGAACAACUACAGAACCACGAAAACGAACAAGUCUACAAUGUUGCGCUCUAUAUCAUUGAAAAAUACUUUGGAGAAGAGGAGGAGGAUGAAAAUGUAGCCCCGGCAGAAACAAACGACAACAUGUACCAGUUCAACGCAGCAGCAUCCGUACCAGCACAAGGAUUCUCAUUCUAGCUGACGAUACCUCUCCACAGACAGUAUCUGCUCACUGAGAAACAAGCUCAAAACUCAAACAUGCUGGUUUUAUUCAUGUUGAACUGUGGACAUGGAUGUUACCAUGUUGGUAACUAGUGCUAUGACGUGUGUAUUGUGCAAUAUGGCAAACCUGUCUAUUGUAAUACUUUUCAGAGAUCUUGUUAAACAUUUAUCAAGGGAGAUAACUCAUAACUUUGUAUGAAUCAUUAAUCUGUGAAACUGGAGACUGGUUGACUUUUGUAAUUUACAAACCAUUAUGAAGAUUUAUAUUGACUGUAUAUAAUUAUGUAACCGACUUCUGCAUACACAAUGUUCCCACCAACAUAUCAUGGGUUGCAAGCUGAUCUAUACUGCAGCACAUGCCAUGCACCUUCCUAUGGCUGGUCACUUCACAAAGUCAUUCUUUGCUGUCAAAUUGUUUUUUGAAAUAAGUGAAUUCAUUCAUUUCUUUAUCCUUUUUCUGAUUUUUUGAAAUGUCCAUUGAUAAGUUUACGUGUUUGUAUGUAGACAGCUGACUGAAGAUUAUUCUAAUUUUGACUAGCCGACAACAUACAACAAUAUCAUCCUUUUAACUCUCUACACUCACAUCUUGAACUCUUUUCUCAUUCCGCAUGUCCUCAUUAAAUACACCUCAAUCA